AUGGUAGGUACCACACAGAUCUCCCACCCCGAGAGCAUUUUCCAACAGUCGGUGGUGGGUCCGGCCCAUCAGUCUGAUGUGCUUCGCCUAAAUCUGCUUAACACCUACGGGGGAGCCUACCAGACACUGAGCCACACGGUGGAGGUCAACAAGCGAGAGUGCCCUCACCAAAUGCUCUCCCAAAAACGUCAGAUUCUGGAGACCGUGACGUCGGCCUUGGAGAGGAACCAGAGAGAGGUUCUGCAGCAAAGUCAGCGCCUCCUGAGAAACACCUCGGCCGCCAUGGGAGAGGUGCUGGCCAGUUUGGAGAAGAGGUUGAGCGAUGUCGAGCACAAGCUACUGCCCCAGUCGUGCGCUAGUGUCAAGGGUUUGGGUCCUCGACCGGUGGUCCUUCUCUCCAGCGGCCAGCGAGUCGUCUGUGACACAGUGACGGACCAAGGUGGAUGGAUCGUGAUACAGAGACGUGCUUCGGACGACGUGGACUUUUUCCGUGGCUGGGACGAUUACAAGUACGGAUUUGGAGACCUCCACGGCAACUUCUGGCUCGGGCUAGAGAAAAUCCACCAACUGACAAGUCAGGUGAGACACGAACUGAGGUUCGAUUUGAGAUUCGAGGGAAAAAACUACUCUGCCAGCUACGACAAGUUUUCGCUGUCUGGAGAAACUGACAACUAUAGGAUUCAGAUUUCUGGAUUUUCCGGCAAUGGAAGAGACGACAUGGCUAUUCACAACGGUCAGUCGUUCUCAACCAUGGACCACGACAACGACUCAUCGGGAAUCAACUGUGCCAGUAAGUACCAUGGAGCUUGGUGGUACAACCGCUGCCAUGCCGUGAACCUCAACGGAUUGUGGGGCAGCACAGAGGGCGCUAAAGGAUUGAGGUGGAGCAGUGUAACAUUGGGCUCGGUUUCCUUCAGCGAAAUGAAGAUUCGACCUUCCGCUAAGUGACAACUUCACGAGACCGAAUUGUCCUGCUGAAUAUUAUUAUGCUCCUGGAUGUUUGCGUGUCUGUGUGUUUUUUGUUGUUGGUUUUUUUUCAUACUGACAGAAUCAGGAAAACGUAACAAAUCUUAGACGUGUUAUAUUUCGUAUGUACCAUCGUGUCAGGUCAUUUAUUGAUAUGUUAAAGAAAAAAAACAUCUGAUAGAGAUACAGAAUCAUAUCAAAAUGCAUUGUACAGUAUUAAAAAUAUCGCGAACCAAA